AUGGCGCUCCAUCAACACACCCAUGCCCAGCCUCUUUUCGAUCGCUCUGGUCACGCCGCUCGCUCUGGCAAGACCGAACAACAGCCUGAUGGUGCACCGCCGAUCAGCAGGUAUGGCGGCGGCUUCCCAUCGCCUCCUCAAUUCGAGAACAAGUAUGAAGAACGGGAGUACCUGAAAGGCCGCUUGGCAGCAGCUUACCGGAUCAUGGGUGCCCGAGGCUUCGAUGAGGGCGUUGCUGGACACAUAACCAUUCGUGAUCCUGUCGAGCCCAAGACGAUGUGGAUAAAUCCUUUCGGCACCAGCUUCUCGACCAUGCGCCGUUCAGACCUCGUACGUGUCGACUACGAAGGCAAUGUGCUCGACGGAGGACGCAACAGACUCAUCAAUCGAGCUGGCAUCAUGAUCCAUCGGGGACUCUAUAAGGCCAGGCCCGACGCUAAGUGUGCAGCCCAUUCCCAUUCGAUCUAUGCUAGAGCAUCCUCGACGUUGGGCAUCCCGCUGCCAAUUACGAGCCAAGGCGCAUGUGCAUUUUACCAAGACAUCGCCAGUAGCGGCUUCGAAGGCAUUGUGCUCGAAGGUGACGAAGGCACACACAUAGCCCAGGCGCUUGGCAAAAAGAAGGCCAUCAUACUUCAGAACCACGGCCUCCUCACUACAGCGGAUUCCGUCGAAGCCAAAAUUUUCUGGUAUGUCAGCCUUGAGAAGCUGUGCCACGUUCAUCUCUUAGCCUUAGCUGCCGUCAACGGCGAUCUCAACCGCAUCGUGCAGGUGAGCGAGGGAGAUGCUGCCGAAACUUACAAUUCAUUGGGCCUGCCCCUCUCCGGCUGGUUCAGUGCGAAACCGAUGUUCGACGAAGUUGCAGAGCAGACAAAGGAAGCUUAUCUUGCGUAA